AUGGCGCCGUGGAGCGGCUUGUGGGGCGGCAAGGCCGGCGGCGACGCCUACCGGGGCACGCCGGUGGUGGUCAAGAUGGAGAACCCCAACUGGUCCAUCUCCGAGAUCUCCUCGCCGGAGGAUGACGACGAGGACAUCUUGGCCGCCGGCGGCCGCCGCAAGGGGGGCCGCUCCAAGAACGCCAAGCAGAUCAGGUGGGUGCUGCUGCUCAAGGCGCACCGCGCCGCCGGGUGCCUAGCCUCGCUCGCCUCCGCCGCCGUCGCGCUGGGCGGCGCCGCCAGGCGAAGGGUCGCCGCUGGGAGGACCGACGCCGAGGCCGGCGUGGUGGCCGCCACGGGCGAGAGCCCCGUCGUGCGCUCCAGAUUCUACGCCUUCAUCAAGGGCUUCCUCGUCGUCUCCCUGCUGCUCCUCGCCGUUGAGGUCGCCGCCUACCUCAACGGUUGGGACCUUGCCGACUCCGCCCUGGCCCUCCCCGUCAUCGGCCUCGAGUCGCUGUACGCCUCUUGGUUGCGCUUCCGCGCGGCCUACGUUGCGCCGGGGAUACAGUUCCUCACCGACGCCUGCGUCGUGCUCUUCCUCAUCCAGAGCGCCGACCGCCUCAUCCAGUGCCUUGGCUGCUUCUACAUCCACCUCAAGCGCAUCAAGCCCAAGCCCAAGUCCCCUGCAUUGCCGGAUGCGGAGGAUCCUGAUGCUGGGUACUACCCCAUGGUACUUGUGCAGAUACCAAUGUGCAACGAGAAGGAGGUGUAUCAGCAAUCAAUUGCGGCCGUGUGCAACCUUGACUGGCCAAAAUCCAACUUCUUGGUUCAGGUGUUGGAUGACUCUGACGACCCGCUAACACAGACUCUGAUCAGAGAGGAGGUGGCGAAGUGGCAACAGCAAGGUGCCCGGAUUGUGUACCGGCACCGAGUGUUGAGGGAUGGUUACAAGGCUGGAAACCUCAAGUCAGCCAUGAGCUGCAGCUAUGUCAAGGAUUAUGAGUUUGUUGCUAUCUUUGAUGCCGACUUCCAACCAAAUCCAGACUUCCUGAAGCGCACCGUGCCACAUUUCAAGGAUAAUGAUGAACUUGGGCUAGUCCAAGCAAGAUGGUCCUUUGUGAAUAGGGAUGAGAAUCUGUUGACUCGAUUGCAAUAUAUUAAUCUCUGCUUCCACUUUGAGGUGGAACAGCAGGUAAAUGGGGUCUUCUUAAACUUCUUUGGGUUCAACGGCACCGCUGGGGUUUGGAGAAUCAAGGCAUUGGAGGACUCUGGUGGAUGGAUGGAACGGACAACAGUGGAGGAUAUGGACAUUGCUGUUAGGGCACACCUACAUGGCUGGAAGUUUAUAUUCCUGAAUGAUGUUGAGUGCCAGUGCGAAUUGCCUGAGUCUUAUGAGGCUUAUAGGAAGCAACAGCAUCGGUGGCAUUCUGGUCCAAUGCAGCUAUUCAGGCUCUGUUUACCGGACAUCAUCAAAUGCAAGAUUGCGUUUUGGAAGAAAGCCAACCUGAUCUUCCUUUUCUUCCUGCUACGAAAGCUCAUAUUACCUUUCUACUCCUUCACGCUCUUCUGCAUCAUCCUCCCGAUGACAAUGUUUGUGCCUGAAGCUGAGCUUCCUGAUUGGGUUGUGUGCUACAUUCCAGCCCUGAUGUCCUUGCUCAACAUCCUCCCUUCUCCGAAGUCAUUCCCUUUCAUCAUCCCGUACCUGCUCUUCGAGAACACCAUGUCGGUGACAAAGUUCAACGCCAUGAUCUCAGGCCUGUUCCAGCUUGGAAGCGCAUAUGAGUGGGUGGUGACCAAGAAAUCAGGCCGCUCAUCGGAGGGCGAUCUCAUUUCCCUGGCGCCGCCCAAGGAGCUGAAACACCAAAAGACGGGGUCGGCACCUAACCUCGACACGGUUGCAAAGGAGCAGCUUGCUUCGAAAAAGGACGCUAAGAAGAAGCACAACCGGAUAUACAAGAAGGAGCUGGCGCUGUCGAUGCUCCUGCUAACGGCCGCGGCCCGGAGCUUGCUGUCGAAGCAGGGUAUACACUUCUACUUCCUCCUGUUCCAGGGCAUCUCCUUCUUGUUAGUAGGCCUUGACCUCAUAGGUGAGCAGGUCGAGUAAACCGUGUAAACAGCAAUUGAUAGAUGUGAAAAGCAGUGGGGAUUGCUGCAAGGGAUGUGUUACUGUCAUGGCAAGCAGCCCCUGGCUGAGACUCGAAACAUGCGCUGUGUGCGCGGUUGUGCCUUCCGGGAUUUCUGUCCUGACCGCACGCACGGCAUGA